AUGGAGGGUGCUUCACAAGACAGGCGGGGUACUUCGCCUACACCCUCUCCAUCCCAUCGACGAAACUCGUCAAAUUCGAGCAUCUUGUCCAAGUUCCCCUUUUUGAGAACAUCGCCAGAAAAGCGACGUGAGCAGACCGAAAAUGCGAUCGACGACGAUGCCCCUGCGACAACCCCUCGACCCGCUGCCCGACCAUCUGCGAGCGUAAUACAAUAUCAACGAACGCGAAGACGCCGGGGAUCUCUUAGGAAAGCUGCCCUGCUCGGUCGAGGAGCGCAACGCGAGCGCAGAGAAAGCCGGCCCCUGGUCAUUGAUACUUCACAUGCUGCUGCAUAUGGACUCGACCCUACUGCUGUGCAGACCCAAAGUCCGUCGCCGAUAGAAUCCCUAGAUCUAAAUGCUACACCAGGGAGUGCUCGGCGCACGCAUGCCGAUGGAUUUACACCUUUACCUGGAGGACUCGGCACGGUGCCUUUACUUCCUACGAAAGGGGCAUCGUUGCAGACUACAGCUCGUUCAACGGCACUCGCAGAUCAAGAUAACGCAUCUUAUACAUCUACAGAUGACGAGGAUAUGCUACAGAUACCUGGAAGCUCGUCGACGAUCAGGCAGAGUCUAUCAAUAUCACCUGGACCAGACUCUUACUUUAACAGUGUAAAAUCGGCAUCAUCACAACGCAGACGGCUCACAAACAGAGCCAAGUCCCCGUUGUCUUUUAGUGGUCUGUCGUCUAACACGUUACCGGCGCAUGAGGACUGGGACUAUGCAGAUACGGAGUGGUGGGGAUGGGUUGUUCUGUGCGUAACUUGGUUUGUGUUUGUCGUCGGAAUGGGAUCUUGUCUUGACCUCUGGACCUGGGCUUGGGACGUGGGCAAGACUCCAUAUGCGCCGCCAGAGUUCGAAGACGAUGAUACUCUGCCAAUUGUGGGAUACUACCCUGCGUUGAUCAUUCUAACGGGCGUAAUGGCCUGGGUAUGGGUUGUUGUAGCUUGGGUUGGGAUGAAGUACUUCCGGCAUGCUAAAAUUAGCGGCGACUAA